CCCUGUAGAUAAACUUGAUGAAGUUAAGGCUUUGUUCGCCAAACGAGUCGCUAACAUCAUUCAAAACACUAAGCAAGACUCCGUUAAGGAGUUCUUUACUCAAUAUGCCGCAGAACUCAACAUUCUUUUGCCGAUCUCUGAUACUCCCAUGGAAUCUUCCCCAUGAAGAUAUACCUACAAAAUAUGAAAGGGUUUUCACCCGAAAAACUAACUUCUUGCAUUCAACUUCUAGACAAACAUCUUGCCGAUAUGAUCGUAAUCACAGAGUCUUGGCAUUUCUCUCGCUAUAACACAUACACUCCUUAUCUAUUAGCAACGUCCACCCAUGUCCCCAGGACAAACGGCCCAAGCGCCGGUGGACUAGCCAUACUUGCACGACCUAAUUUACGAUCCAGCUUUACACUCCUUCACCAAACGACUCAUUCCAUCACCUUCUCUCUCCACGGCCACUGCCUACAUGCACUAUACUUACCCCCGAGUAUGCCAUGGAAUGUAUGCCAACAACAUAUGCCCAAAACCAAAGUCUCUGUCCUUCUAGGCGACAUUAAUUACCAUCCCAACGUUCCUUCUAAAAAAUACAUACCCUCGCUAAUCCUGGAUCCAAGAAAACAAGGCAUCUCCGAUCUAUGCCUUCAACAUGAUUUAAAUUGGAUUACGGACACCCCACCCUUCAAAUAUGACCAUGUCCUCUUAGACUCUUCUCUCUUUACGACUGCCAACACCCAUGCUCCUAUACACCCAAAAACCGACCAUCACCUCGUCACCUUUAUGCUUCCCCCAAAACCACCUCCAUCACCCACAUCCACUCCCCAAGCCAUCCGAUUUAACCUCAAAUACCUCGACGAACCUCUGCUCGCUGACCAACUGAUCGCAUGCUUUGAAUUGUUAUGGAAUGAGCAUUACCAACUCAUGCACUUCCUUUCAGAUCAAAUAAUGCAGUCCCAAGAUAUUUCCACCACGCAAGACAUUAUCGAUACCGUUUAUGCAUUAUACAUGUCUUUAAUCUCUACGUGUUGCGAAACCAUCCUGGGUACUUAUACCCCUCAGCAACGCUGCUCGGAAAUCGACCACUCCUUAAAUCCAGCACUGCCCACUACCAUACCGUCCGACUCUUCAAACGAAGUCAACGAGGAAAUAGCAAGACACUCCUCUCCGAUGAUCCACUGCUUUCCCCUCUGGAAAGCGUUACUGACUUCUAUACCAACCUCUAUAACCCUCCACACUCUGAUCGCUUCCAUUCCACCCUUUUCCACCGACAAGUGCACCCCCUCCCUGAUAAUCCACUACUUUUCUUUUCUUACACCAGAGAAGAUUGCCAAACAUAUUAUGAAAUACCCCAGUGCCAAAACCUUUGGCCUGGAUGUCCUUCACAGUCGCAUCUUCAAAGCACUCUCCUCUUCAACUGUUUUCCUUUCCUCUAUGCAACUCCUCUUCUCCACAUUUCUUUUUUCUACUCUUACACCUAGUAUGUGGAAUAUAUCCCAAAUAACUCCUAUACCCAAAAAAUCCGAUUCCUUUACCCCAUCCUCCUCACGCCCAAUCUCUCUCACACCAUGUCUUCGCUAGAUCUUUGAAUCCAUUCUCCUAUCCUUUCUAUACUCCCAACCCAAGCUCAACGUCUUUUCUCCCUUUCAAGCUGGCUUUUGCCCUGGCUACACCACCAUCUCUCAUUUAUGGUGAGCCAAUGCGUCAGCACACGCUCCAUCCCAACAACGCAAUUUCCAUAUCUUUCUUGAUUUAGAGAAAGCCUAUGA